AUGUCCUACACGCCCAGGAGGAGGCCUGUGGACAUCGCCGACUUCUCUGGCAAUUCCCGAGACACGGCAGAGGCCAACGCGCACAACAUCUCCAGGAUCAAGGCUUCUUUGGAGAACAUGACCCUCCUCAAGGAAGCCUUGGAGAUUUUCGGCGCGUGUGAUCACGAGAGGAAGGGCUACUUGUCCUGGGACUCUGGUGAGAUCCAAAGCUUCAUUGCUAGAGUCUUCAAGCAGCAGGGCUUGAUAUCGCCGAGACAGGAGCAGAUACGCGCCCUGUUUGCAGCUUUCGACCUUGAUGGCAACGGCCGUUUGGAGCCUCGGGAGUGCAUGUGCAUGGUGGAUGCUUUGGCCCGUUCGAUCAUCCUGGCUCAGCCUCCCGGCUCGCAGGCUUGGGCAGCGGGUGCAACGACUGUGCCAGCGUACAGUCUCGCGGAACAGUGGCUCGCAGAUUUCAGGCCAACUGCCGUCCAAGAGGGCCUAACCGUCCGCUAUUGGAUGGAGCGCAAGCCGAGCGACGGUGGCUCAAGCGCACUUGAGUCCAGUGGCGAGGAAGAGGAGCAGCAGGUGAUUAAGGAUGUUUCCCACCGUGUGCAUGCGAUCCGUUCGCCCUUCAUUGUGGCCGUGUGUGUUGAAUGUGCAUUCUGUGUCCUGAUGACGCGAUGGAUGGAUGAAAGUCUUACGCACCAAUCGCCGAUGGACAGAGUUUUUGUAUUCGCUCAGGAGAAGAACUUCAAGACGUCACUGUGGACAGUCUUCGCUGUGACAGUCCUCGGCCGCCUCUUUUGCCUCGUUUGGUCUGACACCCACAUCUUGCAGAGACGCAGCGGACGUAUAGUCGCCAUGUUGUACAUUUUUUUCGGCACCGCGCAGUGGCUGUUCUAUUUGUCGGUCUACUAUGUGGAGGUUGAUGCUGCAAGUAGUGUGAGAAGGACUCACCAACUGAAUCUCCAAAUAGAGGAAAUCCCGACGUUGCUGUCGAACGUGAAAGGGGGGGAUCUGACGAAGUGUUUGGAGCAGAAUGAAUGGAACUACAAAGCCUGCAAAUUUGACGUGCAGGGCACAUGUGCUCGACCAUACAAGCCUGGCGACGAGUAUCAAAACGGAGACUGUGUGUCCACCCUUGUCGUCCAAGGUGUCAAGUGUUGCAUUUCGGAAGUUAUCAAGAUGUCACCACCACAGAUGAGACUCUUUGGACACAUCUGUGACGUUGAAAUGAUCUUCAUGGUUAUCAAGUGGAUGGCGGUUUUGCUAAUGGGCUGGACCCUGCGUCACGGAUUUCUUGCUGGAAACAUCGGCGAGAGAAGCUUUACCCAGGGUACUUGGCUAGACGUUCUUGAUGCUGUGAUUUUCAGUGACUUCCUCAACAAGAACGAGGUCAGAUAUCCAGCCUAUGGUUUCACGGUUGAUGGCAAGCCACAGCUGCGAGACCUGCGGCCUCUGGCGGGGUUGUACAUCACCUGGCUGACCGCCUUCUCCGCAGUCAUUCUUUCCCGCAUUGUGUACACUGCCCUUGUGCCAGCCGUAGAAGAGAACGGGAAUGCUGGCACGAAGCCUGCCAAUGCUGAAGACGCAGAUGCCGACACCAAGGAAGCACCUCAGGGCUUUCCUGUCCGGGUCGUGCACGACCAAGAGUCUGAAGAAGAGCACGGGUUCUUCACCCACUGCACCACCAAGGACGUGCAGUUGGAUCCGCUAGGCAGAGCUGUGGCCCAAGCUCCUGGCAGCUACCUUGUGACAUAUGACGAUCCCGAUGUUGAGCCCGAAGUGGUUUCGGCAGAUCGCUUGGCCCCGCUGCUCGACUACGUGGUCGAUAUUCAAGCAAUGGAGGAGGCUGCGGAAGUGAGGGUCAAAGCUGAGUGUACAGGAUGGCUGGACUGCAGCACAUUGUGUGUAGGGAGCCGGUAUGAGCGCUUCAAUCACCGUGCUAGAGUUCUGGAUGCGAUGAGGUCCCUUUUUCUGCUACAGCUUCCUUUCAUGCUGUGGCGUCUCUACUUUGAUGCUUUCACCGUGAAUGUGGUCACCCUCGGCGGGAACUUUAUGCUCAUAGCCAAAAACUUCGUAUGGUGCCUCAUGGAUUUAGCAAUCAUCCUGAGCUGCACUCGCAAGGAUGCAUCCAUUUGCUCCUGGAAGCCUAUCGAGUUCCUGGAGAGGGCUGCAGAAAGCAGAUUUGGGCAAGUUUGGGUCGGCCCCAACGGCAUGGUGGCGCUCGUUGCGGAAGUUGGCGGCUCUGCCCGCGUGGCCCAGCUAGAAAGGCGGAAGGCAUACCUUGAAAGCUACAAGAGGUGGAUCUUGUCCGAGCAGGCCGUGGCCCACAAAAGUCAGCGUGACUUGUACAGCAGGCCAGUUGAUCUCCGUGAACUCGCGGUCCACCUGCGGACCGUCGGGCCACACAAUGCCAGACACAAAGCCAGGAUGAUUCAUGCCAUCGAAACUGGCGAGUUUCUGAAGGAGGCGUUGCAAGUCUUCAAGGAAUGUGACAGAGACAGGAAUGGCCAGCUGACCUGGAACGAGCGAGAGAUCCCCAAAUUCUUUGGCAAGGUCUUCCGGAAAUAUGAUCUGGUCGAGCCGAAGGAGGCGGAGCUCUACGAGAUCUACAGAAAAUAUGAUGUUGAUCAAAGCUACAGCUUGGAUGUCCGAGAGAGCCUGUGCCUCGUCGAUGCUGUUGUCCGAGCCAUGUACCUGGACGAUUCUUCGCCUCGCUCCAAUCGUUCGGCGAACCGAGUUUCCUUCAGCGAGGAGGUCAGCCCAGUGCAUUCAGCUGGUUCCCACGUCGAGCGUCGCAGGCUGCUGAGUGACCAGGAAGCAGCAAGGCGAGUUGCCCUGCAAGAAGCGGCCACAGAGCAACAGCUCGAGCUUUUGAUCAGGAGACGCAACGAAGCCAUUCGAGAGCGAGACACCCUGGUGACUUUGUUCGUUGUUCUGGGAGCAUGGCGACAGUUCGCUGUGCACGAGCUUGCCGCCAGAAUGAAGGAGGAGUGGAAUUCGAAGCUAGCAGAGGCAGAGCGGAAGCUGCGCGAGGUUCGCGCCGUGACUCAUGGAUCGAGUCUGUGCCGAUGCGGAAUGUUGCAGCCCUGUGACAGGAGUGCUUUGGCAGUGCUGCGGCUGCCUCCAGACGUGGCGGCCGGGGAGACCUGCAACCUCGGCGACGAGCUGGCAGAAGAGCGUCCCGAGGGUGCGAAGCUGGUCUGGUUCGUCCGACAUGGGCAAAGCACUGGGAAUGCCGCUCGGCUUACAGCGAUGGAAGCAGACAAGGCCGCUGGAGGAGGCAAAGAACACCUCCAAACAUACAUGACGGGCCGGGACUAUGUCGACGCAAAGUUGACAGAGCAUGGCGUGCAGCAAGCCGUGGCUGCUCAGAAACAGAUAGCUGAAUGGAAAGCCAAGCCGCAGCUCAUCAUAUGCUCACCGAUGACUCGUGCUAUUCAGACGGCUGCCAUUCUUUUUGCUGAAGAGCUGAUGCAGGGCUGCGAACUGUUCCUUCGACCAGAGCUACGAGAGUUCUAUCCCGACAACAACGAGAAUCAGGGUCGUCCAGUCUCUGAGCUACAGCAUUGCCCAGCACUCUCGGCUCUUCCCGCUUGGCCGGCGGUGGAGAAGGCCCUGUCAGUCGCUGCUGCUUCCGACUGGCGGAGGGCAUGGGAUGAAAGCCUUGCAGCUGGAGAUGGCUGGCAACAACACUGCGGGAGCAUCGACAGGCUCGUGCCCUUCCGGAACUGGCUGAUCAUGCGGCCCGAAAGCAAUGUUGCCAUAGUGGCGCACUAUGGCUCCAUCAACAACUUGCUGAACAUGGAGCCCUUCGAGCGGAGUGUCAGGGAAGAGAAGCUGCGUUCAUGGAGUGGAGUGCACGCAAACACGCCCCGGACUGCCAUGAAGUACUUCCUAGUGCCAAAUUGCAUCCUAGCAAUGCAAGAGCCAGAAGAUACCGGAAGAUGGUUGCACAGUGCAAAGCAAGUCUGCAGACGUGGGGCCCUUGACACCACGACCAGUAUCGUCUCUGCUGCCGGAUAUGCAGAGGCUGCAGCCCAGGCAGAGGAGGAGGCUGAGCAGCGCUUUAAGAAGGAGCGGCAUCUUUGGGAGACGCGCUGCAAGGAGGAACGCGAGCGGCGUGAAAGCUUGCAGGUGGCCCAGGCAGCAGCAAUUCAGAAGGCUGCAGCCGAAGCAGAGAGGCGGGCCGAGGCACGCUUCGAAGAGGAGCGACAGAUCUUUGAGCAGCGCCUGAAGGAGGAGCGCGACAAGCGCAAUCGUGCAGAAGCAGCCAAAGCACAAGCGCUAGACCACUACUUGGCCGAAGUACGGACUCAGAAAAAGAAUGCCGUUCAGAAGGUUAUUGACAGCUUAUUCUCGAAGACCAGAAAGACUGCAGCGGGCCAGCUGAAGCAGAUCGCUUCUUCCUGGCUUGACAUCGCCAAGGCUGGUGCUCGGAGGAGGCGGCGUGUGGAUGCGGUCGACAAGGCGGUGAUGAGCUGGGGGCGGAAGGCGAUGUCCGGCCGUCCGGGUCCCUCUUUCAAUGCCUGGCGCGAUGUCGUGCGAGCAAGGCGGCGCGCUCGCGCUGCUGUGGGUGUUCUGGAACGGCAGUGGCUUGGCGGGCGCAAAGGGCUGGUAGCUUCGUAUUUUGCGGAGUGGCGCAGUGUGUUGGACCUGAAGCGCCAGACUGCGCUGAAGGCCAAGCGACGUGCGAAGGCCCACGCCCAAAUCGCUCUCUUGCUGUCCCAGUGGGAGCGAGGGAAAGCGGAUGCACUCCUGGCUCAAAUGUAG